AUGCCGGUGCCAGACUCCGUGAGGAACCUGGUGGUGCCAGGCGUAAACCUGAGCCUGCAGGAGAUCUGGGACGCGCUGUACGAAUGCAUGAAGGAGCCGCGCGUGCAGCGGAAAAUUGUGCUGGUGAUCGUGAGCAUCGCGCUGCUGCUGGACAACAUGCUGUACAUGGUGAUCGUGCCCAUCAUCCCGGACUACUUGCGCAAGAUAGGCGCAUGGCACACGCACAAAGAGGGCGGCAACGUGGUGCACUACAACGAGACGCACAUCACCUACAAGACCAACGAGACGGGCAACUACACCAUCACUGACCUCAUCGACAAGACCAAAUGGAUCAACCAAGUCACCAAGUAUGAGAACGAGGACGAGGCCAUCGGCGUGCUGUUCGCCUCCAAAGCGCUCAUCCAACUGAUGGUGAACCCCAUCUCCGGCACCGUCAUCGACAGGGUCGGCUACGACAUUCCCAUGACCUUCGGCCUCAUCAUCAUGUUUUUCUCCACUGCGAUCUUCGCCUGUGGCCGCUCCUACGGCGUGCUGUUCUUCGCCCGCAGCCUGCAGGGCGUAGGCUCCGCCUUCGCCGACACCUCAGGCCUCGCUAUGAUCGCCGACACCUAUACGGAGGAGUCUGAGCGCACCAAGGCGCUGGGCAUCGCGCUGGCCUUCAUAUCCUUUGGUUGUCUGGUAGCGCCGCCCUUCGGUGGCACGCUGUACCAGCUGGCCGGGAAGGAAGUACCCUUCAUCAUCCUGGCCUUCGUGUCGCUGUUCGAUGCCUUGAUGCUGCGCCUGGUAAUGCGGCCCAUCAAGGACCAGAAGAAGGAGACAGGCAAGGAGCAUCUGAAGGGCACACCCAUCUACAGGCUGUUCAUGGACCCGUACAUCCUGUGCUGCGCCGGGGCGCUCAUGAUGUCCAACGUGUCGUUGGCCUUCCUGGAGCCUACCAUCAGCGUGUGGAUGAUGGACAGGAUGGACGUGGAAGAGUGGCAGCAGGGCAUGAUCUGGCUGCCCUCCUUCUUCCCCCACGUGGCGGGCGUCGUGCUCACCGUCAAGCUGUCCCAGAAGUACCCUAACUACCAGUGGUUCAUGGCGGCGUGCGGCCUGGCACUGGAGGGCGUCAGCUGCUUCUUCCUGCCCUUCGCCAACAACUAUUGGGUGGUGAUGAUGCCCAUCUGUACGAUAUGCUUCGGUAUCGCGCUCAUCGACACAGCGUUGCUGCCCACACUGGGCUACCUGGUGGACACGCGCUACGUCAGCGUGUACGGCUCCAUCUACGCGAUAGCAGACAUCUCGUACUCCUUCGCCUAUGCCUUCGGGCCGAUGAUCGCCGGUAGCUUAGUCACCACCAUCGGCUUUUCUGCCCUCAAUCUGGGUAUCGCUUUCUCCAACCUGGCGUACUGCCCCAUCCUCUACUCCCUCAGGCACGUGUACGACUACAAGCCCUUCGAGGAGGAGACGCUCGAGCAGCUCAACAUUAACGUGGGCGACCCUCCCACCGGGGACUUCAAGACGUACACCAUGCAGGAGGGCCAGCAAGUCCCUGGGGAGGGUGUAGACUACAGCAAGCUGUCUGGCGGCGCGCCUCAGGACUCCCAGGGAACCUACGAGGCCAUGGAGAUGCAGGUGACAGACUACAACAACCAGGGUGCCAACGGCCACGUCAGCGGCGAGAACAGGACGAUCACCCAGCGUCAGGUGGACUACAACCCCUUCAGGCAGCAGCAGCAGCAGCAGCAGCCGCAGCAGGGCAGCUUCCACUAUGACCAGCCGCAGGAAGCUGUCGAGUGUGGGUUCCGCACGCCACCCACCACCCACGGCCUCGACUGCCCCGAGGUGGUGCGGCGGCGCGCGCACCGCGGCAACGACCACAAUGAUGAUGAUUACUGA